AAAAAGAGUAUAUGAAGGCCGUGGAAACACAAAUUUUAAGGACCCAAGUUUCAGUCUCUCUGUACCAUGGAAAAUAGUGAGCAGCCACUGCUCUCUACCAGAGAUGAGGACCAAACCCCAGGGCAACCCCACAAUCCAAUACUAGCAAACACUUCUCUAUUUUCAUCCCACAAUGCCAAUUACGGGAACGAUAUUGAUCCGAUUAACGGAGUUGGGGAUUUCUUCAGAGAGUUCUUUGUGGAAUCAAAGAAGCUCUGGCGUCUUGCUGGCCCGGCCAUUUUCUCAUCUCUGUGCCGUUACUCCCUUGGCGCGGUCACUCAAGUCUUUGCCGGCCACCUUAGUGCUCUAGACCUGGCUGCCUUCGCUAUCGAGAACUCAGUAAUUGGUGGGUUCUCUUCUGGCAUACUGUUUGGCAUGGGGAGUGCACUGGAGACGCUGUGUGGUCAAGCCUUCGGUGCUCGACGGCCAGAUAUGCUGGGAAUCUACUUGCAGAGGUCAUGGGUUAUCCUUAUUACAACAUCCCUACUACUACUGAGCUUCCUCUACAUCUUUGCGGGGCAAAUACUGAAACUUAUAGGUCAGACAGAGGCGAUCUCAAAAGCAGCAGGGAUUUUUGCGCGGUGGAUGAUUCCGCAGCUGUUCGCUUAUGCAACGUACUUUCCUAUAAUUAAGUUCCUGCAGUCUCAGAGGAAGAUAAUGAUGAUGGCAUGGAUAUCGUUUGUGGCUCUAAUUCUCCACACAUUGUUUAGUUGGCUGUUGAUGCUGAAGCUGGGGUGGGGUCUGGUGGGUGCAGCAGUGGUGCUCAACGCUUCCUGGUGGUUCAUAGUUGUGGCUCUGUUGCUGUAUGUUCUUAGUGGAAGCUGCGGCCAUGCAUGGUCUGGGUUCUCCUGGAAGGCCUUUCAGAAUCUUUGGGCAUUUGUAAGAUUAUCCCUCGCAUCCGGGGUAAUGCUCUGUUUAGAAGUGUGGUAUUUCAUGGCACUAACUCUUUUUGCCGGGUAUUUAAAGAAUGCAGAAGUCUCUGUGGAUGCUUUGUCCAUAUGCUUGAGCGUAUUAAGCUGGACAACAAUGGUCUCUCUUGGAUGCAAUGCAGCCAUAAGCGUAAGGGUGUCAAAUGAACUAGGGGCAGGUCACCCGAGAACUGCAAAAUUUGCAAUACUGGUUGUCGUGAUAUCUUCAUUCUUUAUAUCUCUCGUCCUCUCACUCAUUCUAGUUUUGGGGAGAAGGCAGUACCCAGCCUUGUUUUCCAGCAAUCCUGAGGUGAAGCAGCAAGUAUAUGCGCUCACUCCUUUGCUUGCUGUUUGCAUUGUAAUCAACAACGUUCAGCCUGUUCUCUCCGGGGUGGCAAUCGGAGCAGGAUGGCAAGCUUUUGUAGCGUAUGUGAAUAUUGGAUGCUACUAUGUGUUUGGGGUGCCUUUGGGUCUAAUAUUGGGUUAUGUGCUCCACUUCGGUGUCAAGGGAAUCUGGUGUGGAAUGCUGUCAGGGACUGUGGUACAAACUUGUAUCCUGUUCGGAAUGAUUUACAGAACCAACUGGAAUAGAGAGGUUUCCAUGGCUGGAGACAGAAUAAGAAAAUGGGGAGGGGGUGCAGCUUCCACAGAGAAUGAUGUUGAGAAAUGAAUAGACUGCUUGGAAGCCACGUUGAGAAUUCUAAAAUUCCUGAGAACAAUGUUGUCAUCAACAUUUCAAGGAUCCGAAAACCAAUUAAUCCAUAUAUUCUCUUGUCCAAUUUUCAAAUACUCUCUUCCAAUUUGAGUCGUGCUUUUGUAAUCUAGGUUUUUAGUGAUCCGGUUGUAUUCCAUAUUAACAUUGGUAAUUAAUUUGUGAAAAAGAAUGGAUUGGUUUUUAUGUCA